AUGGCUGAGGCAGACACGCCCGAGCCAGUCUCGAUUUCUCCCCUCUUGAAACGCCUUGCCUACCCCGCUACCGCCGAAAUCCAAGUGUCCGCCGAGGAGAUUGCAGCUGCAUUCGCUCUCAUUUUCGAGAAUCGUCUCUCUGUCAUUCAGACGGCUGCUCUAUUGACGCUGUUACACUCCACUGGCAAGGACCGGGACUCGAAAGUAAUCGCAUUAUGUUCACAUCGCAUGCGAGAAGCUGCAAGCACCGUUGACAGGGCGCAAUUGCGGGCUGCGGUCAAGUCUCGAGGGAGAUCAGAAGGACGUUACCAUGGAGGACUUUGUGAUAUUGUCGGAACCGGUGGAGAUUCACAUUCAACAUUCAACGUCUCUACGACGUCGUCAAUCAUCGCCUCGGCGCUCUUGAUGGUGGCAAAGCAUGGAAAUCGCUCGCAAACUUCGUUUUCAGGGUCGGCAGACGUCCUGAAUUGUGUUGUCCCGGUGCCGCCAAAGAUUUCCGCCGUCAAGGCAAGUGAUAUUGCAAGGGUAUACGAGAAAACGAAUUAUCUCUUCCUUUUCGCCCCUAAUUUCCACCAAGGUAUGAAGUACGCAGACAGCGUCCGCAGAGGACUCGGAAUCCGUACGAUAUUCAACCUGAUGGGGCCCCUAGCCAACCCAGUCGAUUGGGCACUGGAAGCUCGUGUCGUUGGAGUUGCCUAUCAAAGUCUCGGCCCAGUUUUUAUCGAGGCCUUGAGGCUAGGAGGUUCAAGGAAAGCCCUUGUCGUCUGUGGGGAGGAAGACAUGGACGAAAUAAGCUGUGCAGGCCCGACAAAUUGCUGGAGACUUGCCGAGGACCCGGAAUCAACAUCGGCCGCACACGCAGACGAAGACGACGACGACGACGACGACGAAGACGACUAUUUCAAGAAAAAGCCGCUCGCCAAGUUCGACACAUUUCAGCUACACCCUUCCGACUUUGGCUUCCCUACUCAUCCAAUCGAAGAAGUCUACACAAAGAAAAUGCCCAAGGAGAACGCUGCGAAGCUGAUGAGUAUUCUUCGCAAUGAGCUAAGUCCCGACGAACCCCUGAUGCAUUUCGUGCUCAUAAAUACCGCCGCCCUACUGGUAACCUCUGGUGUAUGUGAAUCCGACACUAGUAACAUGGGCCCCGGAGACGAUGGGAAAGUGAUCACAGAGCGCGGACCCGGUGGAGGGCGCUGGAAAGAGGGUGUCCGACGAGCGAGGUGGGCAAUCGAAAAUGGACAAUCUUUGAAAGUCUUUGAGCAGUUUAUUGAAGCCACGAAUAAUCUAUGA